CACCUCGGCGGCUCGGCUUCCUUCCUCCACCGCUCCACGCCUCCGAUCCGCACCAGCACCAAGCCACGGCUCCGGCCACCGCGCGCGCGCGCACCAUGGGCAUGGCCAUGGUUGCGCACCACACCCACCCGCCCUCCUACCUCGCCGCGGCUGCCGCCUUCUUCCUCGCCUUCACCCUCGCCGCCGGGGACCCGCUGGGCCAGGUCUGCGGCACCAGCGGCAACUUCACGGCCAACAGCACCUACCAGGCCAACAUCCAGCGCAUCUCCGCCGCGCUGCCCAGGAACGCCUCCUCCUCCCGGGCGCUCUUCGCGACCGCCACCCUCGGCGUCGUCCCGGACGCCGUCUACGCCCUCGCGCUCUGCCGCGGCGACGCCAACGCCUCCGCGUGCGCCUCCUGCGUCGCCACGGCCUUCUCCGACGCGCAGCAGCUCUGCGCCUACAACAAGGACGCCACCGUCUUCUACGACCCCUGCCUCCUCCGCUACUCCAACCAGAACUUCCUCGCCAACCCCACCAGCGACGGCCGCGGGGACCCCAUCCUCAUCCUCCUCAACACGCAGAACGUCACCUCGCCCUUCAGGGUCUUCGACGCCGCCGUGGCCGUGCUCGUCAACGCCACCGCCCGCUACGCGGCCGCCGACGCGUCCAGGAGGUUCGGCACGGCGGUCGAGGCGUUCCAGACCUUCGACAGCCAGAACCCGAGGAUAUACGGCCUGGCGCAGUGCACGCCGGACAUGACCGCGGCGGACUGCGGGACCUGCCUUGCGGGCAUGACUCAGAUGGGUCCCCAGUAUUUCAGCGGCAAGCAGGGAGGCAGGAUUCUCGGCCUGCGCUGCAACUACAGGUAUGAGCAGUACCCCUUCUUCUCAGGCGGCCCGCUACUGCAGCUGCCGGAGCCACCCGUGGGGGCGCCGGCGCCGGCGCCCGCGGCGAUGAACGGGACGCCGACGCCAACGACGGCAAAAGGACGAGGAAACAAAACUGGUAGAACUUUAGCCAUUAUACUUCCUAUAAUCGCUGCUGUGCUAGCUACUGUAGUAAUUUGCUCUUGUAUGUGGAGGAGGAAGAGGAAAACACCAGGAAAGCCAUCACUACCAGAUACAACUAACCCAGAGAACAUACAAAGUAUUGAUUCACUCAUUAUUGAUCUAUCAACUCUGCGAGCUGCAACGGAAAACUUUGAUGAAGCCAAUAAACUCGGUGAAGGAGGUUUUGGCGCAGUUUAUAAGGGAAUCCUCCCUGAUAAUCAGGAAAUAGCAGUGAAAAGACUCUCACAGAAUUCUAGACAAGGGAUUGAAGAGCUGAAAAAUGAACUUGUUUUGGUUGCUAAGCUGCAACACAAGAAUUUAGUUAGGCUUGUCGGUGUUUGCUUGGAGGAUCAUGAAAAAUUGCUUGUCUAUGAGUAUAUGCCCAAUAAAAGCCUCGACACUGUUCUUUUUGAUCCUGAGAGAUGUCGUGAGCUUGAUUGGGGGAAGAGAUUUAAGAUAAUCAAUGGGAUCGCCCGUGGCUUGCAGUAUCUUCAUGAAGAUUCUCAAGUGAAGAUUAUCCACCGUGAUCUCAAAGCAAGCAAUGUUCUGUUAGACUAUGACUUCAAUCCUAAGAUCUCAGAUUUCGGGUUGGCAAGGCUAUUUGGAGAUGACCAAACACAAGAUGUCACAAACCGUGUUGUGGGAACCUAUGGAUACAUGGCCCCUGAAUACGCUAUGCGUGGGCAUUACUCUAUCAAGUCCGACGUGUUCAGCUUUGGCGUUUUAAUCCUAGAGAUUGUCACGGGAAGAAGAAAUGGUGGCUGGUACAGCACCGAUGAAUCUGCUGAUCUCCUUAGUUUGGUAUGGGAGCACUGGACGACGGGAAUGGUUAUGGAGAUCAUGGAUACAUCCUUGAGCACUCUUGCUCCACGAGACCAGAUGGUGAAGUGCAUCCACAUCGGGCUCCUUUGUGUUCAAGAUGACCCCGCAGAUAGGCCAAUGAUGUCAACGGUAAAUGUCAUGCUCAGCAGCAGCACUGUGACCCUCCAAGCUCCAUCCAGGCCGGCAUUUUGCAUCCAGAAGAGUGGCUCCAAUUCGGAAAUGUACUCGGAAGUGUAUGCAGGAGCUUCACAUUCUGUGAACAGAUCUCCUAUGUCGCUGAAUGACGUUUCGAUCACUGAACUUGAUCCCAGGUGAUCCACUUCGUCGUUUUCGAUCACUGAACUUGAUCCAAGCCCAAGGUGAUCCACCUCGCAAAGUGAUGAUGAACUUGUUGCACUGUAGCAACGAAAACAAAGAUUGGUGCUGGGAAGAUCAGGGAGCAGCCAGAAUUUUGGAUUGAUGGCCAAAUAGGCUAUACAGCACAGGUUUUUAUGAUUAAAAUAUAUUAAGAAGUUCGUUAGGGAAAAAGGAGGUGGGGGCAAAUUCUCUAGUUUGCAUUGGCAGUUCUUGUUUUGCAACCAAUGCGAAUAGUUUCUAAACAGUGUGGGUACCUAUGAAGUUUGAGGACGGAGGUCCGGUUCAAAAAAGUUUGAGGACGGAGGAAUAAUAACUAUAUUGUCGUAUGUAAUGUUAGUUACUUUCUUUCUCUGAUCACAAAUAUAAUGCUCUAGAUUUGUCCAAA